AUAGUUUUCAAUAAUUGAGCUGAUCAUCAGCGUAAGACCCUGUAUCAGUGCUGGGGCUCUUAUGUAACAGUGAUUCCCAGAUAGGCUAAGAGUAGUCGUAAUCAUUGUUCUUGUGAAACUCUGGGAAACUCUUCUGUGAUUCUUCAUUUCAUCGACGAAUAUGAAUAUUCGGUGGCUAAAAUCUGUGUCCGCAUUGACUGUAAUAUCACGCGGAAUGAUUAGAUGCCGUUGUCAACAGCAUCCAUUAGCGGGUUGUAAAUGAAUGGAAGGUAUAUUGAAUAAACACAUCUCAUAAUAACGUUAAUUCGUGUUUCUGAAUAAAACACAGAAACGAUUUAUCAUUACUGAUAAAGAACAGAAUAGCAGACGAAUGUACACCAGCGAAUCGAAUCACGUAACAGGCAGAUGCUAUCUCGCAUUAACACAAUUUGUUUCCGUAGAAUCUUCAAUCAACAUCUUUUUGUCUAGAUUGAUUCCCGGGGAUUUUCACUGCAUUCACAGCCAGGAAAAGUCACUUUAGUCUAGGUUUCCUUGUACAAAACGUUAUAUUUUAAAACGUACGUUAUUGUUCUCCUCAAAUUAAUCGAAAUUAUCUUGAUUCACGGCGGCGGCAAGUCGAGAGCGAUUUUUUGUAUGCAAGUUUUCAAGGAAAAAGUCGUUGCCUAGCGGUACGAUUGAGGAAAGCGGCUUAAUAACUAGCUGUGUUUAGCGCAAUAGUUUCUUACUUGUUCACUUUGUCGAGGUUUUGUAUGAGUGCCUUCCAGAAAGCCUGAUACAUUUUAUUGAAAUGCAGAUUUUACUUAGUUUUGAUGUCAAGUACAGCUGAAAGGAUAUCGAAAUCACGGGAAAUUCUAUUAUUACGUUAAAAUUUUUUCUCCACACCUUAUCCACGCAGAAUAAGCCACCAUAUUUCAGUUUCAUUUCUGUGGCUUUCGUAAGCAAAAAAGUAUUUUUGUGAUGAAGAGUUUUACCGCAUAACCAGAGCACUAUUUCAGUAUGGUUUAUAAAUAAGUGUUCUGAAACCUGUCAAUAACGUGAGCUUGUUGAAUUAGACUUCGCUUCCUAAUUUUAGUGUAUGUAGGAUUUGAGAUAUCUGUAUUUUUUAUUAGCGCCCGUUCCUUAGAAACCUAAAUGUCCUCUUAAAACUUCUUACGAUCACUAUUCUCUUUGCGGUUGUUUUGGUCUAGCAAGUCAGUUUACAGCCACAAGGGCUCGCUCUCUGUCGAUCUAUCCAACUGUACCGCUGAGUUACUACAAUCAACAAAAAGUUUGUGCUGAACAAAUUCACCAUAGAAGAGAGACUCAGACGCGCUAACAUGGACGAGGCAGAAAGACAUCCAAAGGGACGAAAAAUCUAUGAAUGGCCUUUACAAGCGGCCAUGGAAUCCGGUGUACGAACUCAUUUUGCCGAAGACAUUAGUUAUCAGGCCUCACGUAUACCCCAAGAGGAAUUAAAUGGAGAGGACCACAUGAACGGUACAGGUCCUAGACAGGUCAGUGGAGUACUUGAUUCCUUUUCAGUCAGCAACAACAGGUUCUUUCAAUUCCCCUUCCCUGUGAAAGUUUGCGCCAUAUAUAUCGGAAUUGGAUGUGUGAAACCUUGAAGUCCUUUGGGCUUUUGGAGCUUUUCAUCUUGCCUUUUGUCAUUCAUCAGAUGUUGGUAGCAGAUGAAUAAGAUAUUCUAUGAACGAUGGGUUUCGUUAUGUUUUCCUCAUGGAAAGGUAACGGAAGUUAUUGAAACAUUAGUUUUACUCGUUGAACUGUAAGGGCCCCCUUCUCCGGUGGUUACUCCCUUAUAUGGGCUCCACAUUUAUGUAGGGCCCCAAAGGUUAUGGUUUUUCAGCCUUUUUGGUCAGAAAUAGAGUAGCGAUUUUGGCCAUUUUGCUCUGAAAUAGGGUAUGGGUUUUGCACUCUAGUCUCGAAUUCGGUAUGUUUCUUUUAGAAGAAACUACUUUUUCAUCAUUGUCGGUAACAGCAUCAACAAAAACCCUUUACUAUGCCUUUAACAUCGGUCUGAACUAGGUAGCUAAUUAUAAGACAGGUCUGGAACAGGGUAUUGAUUUAAUAGGGUAGGAAAAUAAUAGAUUUUGUUUUUAAAUAAUGUAAGAGGUUUGGGAAGCGAUCCGCACACUUCCACCCAAUUUUCCUGGGAGUGGGCCCCCUUCUCGUACCUGUCACGUUCUCAGGAUUAGGUAGAAAAGAGACCCGGGUAAGGGGUUGGAAAAUAAACUUCUAACAGACUGACACUUCGUAGGCAUUAGGGAGGGAACUCAAACAAUCGGGUGCAGCUUUUCAGAGGAUUUUGUCGCAACACAUGGUUAAAAUAAAGAGCAAAAUGAAUCAACUGGAGAGAGAGAACAACGAGCUUCGACAGUUUGCUUGCACUCUGGAUAAAACCCUACAGGAUGUCAUUCAGCGACACAAGCUGGCAAGUAUUUUAUAGUUAAUUCAUCGGGCAAUAAAGAAUUGCAGGCCAAAAACUAGUCUGAAUAGUAACAAAUUUAAAACAUGCUAGCUAUGGCACUGCAAAUGAAAACAGGGCGACAAUGAAUUCGAAAUCUUACCCAAAAAUAAAAACCAAGGCUAGCUUAAAGUGUCUGUACUGUCAACAGGGUUUUGUAGUGCUGGUAUCUAUAAUGAGUCAAAAAGUAUUCUAAGAAAAAACAAAUUGGAUUCAGACGCUUUUUCGCUUUUUUACCUUGAGUCUAGGGCUCCUGAAUGGGUCGUGACGUCACGUGAGGAGGCGCCAAAUCCCACCAGCUUAUGUCACUGUUGUUUCACUAAUGUCGAGGGGUUGGACCGCAUUUAGCAAAAACAAACCGAAAAUGACGAAGUACUGCGGUCGUCAAGCAAGCAAGAUAAAAACAGGAAUCUUCGAGACGAUCCUGAAGUGACUUCACUCGUCACCAAUCUUUUAUUACGCGGUCAAUUUCAUUGGGCGUGGCCGAAGGGGCAACUUUCAAGUUCGAUUUUACGGCGAAAAUGCGUCGGAAUUCAAUUUUUUGUCAGAAUAUUUUUUAUAUGUUAUAGAGAUACCAAAACCAUAAAAAUCCUGUUGGGCCUGGAAACACCGUGACUUAAACUGAGAAACCGUCGCACAUCCCAGCCCUUCUACCAGAAAGUAAUGUUAGCCAAUCAAAGUUUAAACUAGACGCUAACGUGCGCCAAAAGCUAAUUUGACAAUUUAAUGAGAAGUGAACCUGGGCGUAUCAUGAGAUUCUUUAUCUAAGUGAUUCUCACAAAAUCCACACACAGCACAGAAUAGAACUAAUAAAAGCUAAUCUAUCAAUAGGUAUUAAUUAGGAAUACAUGUUUUGCUUUCGUUAUCCAACAGAAGACUUCGCAGAUGAUAGCACGCGAAACACAAGUCAAUAUGGCUUUGGAAAAUGAUCUGAAAGUGUCACGUGGAACACAAGUCAACAUGAGAGUCGUUUUUAGGCCUGUUUCACUGAAUGGAGAUGCAGCUAUGCCAACACUGAUCACAUUACCAGGGGUUCCCCAGGAUGGAUCAAAGAAAAGACAGUUUGUGCACCUGACGGCCAACCAAGAAACCUCCGUUAAAAGCCGUGUUGCUACUGAAGUAAACGAAACAUCUACUGAGGACCUUGCCCAACGGAAUUCCAAGGACAAAGUCAAUCCUGACCAAAAAAAGAUGGGGAAUAGUCUCCACCCUCAAAGUUCAGCCUCUCAUACAGAGGAAAUGCCGAAAAGUACUAUGUAUCAAAAUGCAUUCCCCGGGGAUAUCAUGGCACAGAAUGACCAGACGUGGCUUUCCAAAUCCACCAACCAGGCAUUCAGUUACAUAAGGAAAGAAAAUGUUACCCGUGAAGCUAUUGGAACCCGUAUUGAAGGAAAUACAAGCUCUAUAUCAGCUUAUUGUAUAGCAACUUCUGGAUCACUGACCUCAAAAGAGAUCAACACUCUGAAUAAUGAGACACGGAGUUCCGAACCCAAGGAGGAUGUACACCGUCACACAAGCGUAAAUCACACCUCCAGGCCAACUGCGAAAACUCCAAUAGCUGUAAAACCAAAUUCAGCAUCUGUCCAUUGUUACCCAUCCCUUGGAUCAGUAGCUUCUAAAGAGACCACAACUCGGAGGGACGAAGUAUUGGUGCAAAACGAAGCUUUUCACAAGUUAUCUUCUACGGCCUCAGCAAUUACAACUGUCCCAUCUAUUUUUAACGAUGGGAUUGAAAGGGGAAGAUCAGCAAGUCAGCUUCCUAAAAAUCCCAUGAAGUUACAGGAUGCUUUUGGAGAUAAAACAAACUCGACCUCACUUCUUCCACCGCCAAAUAAAUAUAAGAAACCUAAUGUAACGAGAAGCGUCCCACACCUAAUUAAAGAUGGGUUUUGCAAUCGUAAAGAUGGCCUGCAUGAUACCCCUUCUAGACAUGCGUCGACAAUGAAGAUCUUCUUAACGGUUGAUGACCCCGUAAGACCUGCAUCAGAUAGUGGUCCAUUCAGUAUCCGGAGGUUGCUUAGCACCCAGAGGCCAUCACAGAAAUCACAAGUCACGAAUGCGUCGGCUUGUUUUCCCUCUCACCAGCAAUGUGACCUUAAUAAGCACGGACAUCCACCCGGUACCCCUUCCCGUAAUCCUUCGUCACUUAAUGGAGGAAUUGUGAGGGAUAGCAGCCCCGUGAAACCUAGGUCAGCCAGUGACUCAUUCGUUAUUCAAAAUAUGCACAUCAGCACCGAAUCGUCACAAGUAACGAAUACACCCAGCACUCUUUCCUCUCUGCAGGGUUGUGGUCAAAGUCCCUCUACUGUGCCUACAUCUUCUAGCUUUAUUUCGUCUCGAGAUUUUACGGCUGGUAGGCAUAACUCAAAUUCUUUAAUCGCACCUUCAAAUGGAAAAUCCUUGGGCCAAGAACAUUUUGGCGUGAAGGCUGCUCCUCUUCAAACUUCGCCAUCGAACUUCUCAAAGAGCUUUUAUGAGCGCAACGAACCACACCAAAAUGUAGGCCCUUCCAAUGGAUCAUCAGCCGAGAAAAUCUGUACAAAUAACUCUAGUCGACAGAAUCCUAGUUACACACAUGAGCGAAAGUCAAAACCACUCUUCCACCAAGGUGCAAUAAAAGUCGCUGACAAGACUCCACAAAGCAGGACGCUUCCUGUGGCUACUGUGCAGGCAAUGACGACCCUUUCGAGUUCAUUACAUGUAGGUAGUUCAGUUCCUUCUCGUGAACGAUUGUAUACAAGCCAUAAUCAUUCAGAACCACCAGGAAAUAGAAGCUACUCAACAGAAAAAACAAGAAACGCUCAACAGUGGCGUCACAAAGAUCACAAAAUCCAAACGAGGCACAAAUCAUAUGACGUAGAGGCCUUGGAUCUACCUGGAUCAACCUCUUCGCUGUUGACGCCUUCUACAACCUCUGAAAACAGUGACCUCCGAACAUUUGUUAGUUAUUUAACUGAGCCAGAACGCUCCCAAACAAUAUCUGCUAUCAAAGAACAAGAGCUGGAAACCUCUUUCGAUACAGGUCAAGAUGGUCAGCUGUUAGAAUCGCGUACAUAUUGUGAUAGCGUGCAGACACAACAAUUAGAAAUAUUUCAGAAUCAAUCAAGGAGAGUUUGGACUCUCCAAUCGGACUGCAAUUGGGUCUCCGAUGAUCCCAACAGAAUGGGAAUGAACAAUGCUCCUGACAUUUACAUGCGUGUUACGGACAGAGACAUUCUUCCAAAUCAUGAUGAUAACGUGUUGCAAAACCUGCCAUAUUUCCCAGGCUGUCAUUCGCCUGUUGAUAAACAGUACACUCCAGUUGGAUAUACAUCGAGUACUGCGCAUCUUAGUAGUUCACAUCUUCAGCAUUAUCCUAUAAGACAAAUGAAGGAACUUCAGCUACCCCACCCCCGAAAACGAAAACUUCUCUCACCGUAUAGACAAUUUAAUUUAACAUAAGAGGGGA